GAGGUUAGAGCGAGCGAGCUCGGAACGGGCUGCGGAGGAUGUGGACCCCGCUGCGGGGACAAACUCCGGGUGGGACGCUCGUGUCCAGUCGCCUGUUCCUCGCCCUGUCGCCCAUCACCUCCAGCCCUGUGCACCCAUGAAGCCCCCGCUGAUGAAGCCCAGAGCUGCCAGAGUGAGGCGGAAAGUGGCCCGAGACAGAGAGCAUGUACUGGCGCGUCGGGAUUGCCUGGACGCGGUCGUGUGUGGUUGAUCUUUGCCAGAACCAGAGCUUCUCCUCCGGCCUGCUGGGCUCCGAUGAGACGCUCUCGUUUUAUGGGUACAUCAUCGCCUACCCACUGCAGGACUACGGCGGGAUCAUGUCGGCUUUGGGCUCGGAUUCGUGGUGGCGAAAGACGCUGUAUUUGACUGGAGGGGCUCUGCUCGCUGCUGCUGCUUAUCUGCUGCACGAACUGCUGGCCAUCAGAAAGGAGGAAGAGCUGGACUCUAAAGAUGCCAUCAUACUCCACCAGUUCUCCAGACCCAAAACCGGCACCCCAUCCCUGUCCCCCUUCUGCCUUAAGAUGGAGACCUAUCUCCGCAUGGUGGACCUGCCCUACCAGAACUACUUUGAUGGGAAGCUUUCGCCGCAGGGAAAGAUGCCGUGGAUCGAGUACAACCAGGAGCAGGUGUGCGGCUCUGAAUUCAUCAUCGACUUCCUGGAGGAGCGGCUGGGUGCGAGCCUCAACAAGAGCCUUACGCCACAGGAGAAGGCCGUGUCUCGCGCCGUCACCAAAAUGGUGGAGGAGCAUUUCUACUGGACGAUAGCUUACUGUCAGUGGGUGGACAACCUGGAGGAGACCCAGAAGAUGUUGUCAGUGAGCGGACCGCUGAGCGACCUGCUUAAGUGGAUCCUGAGUCACCUGACUGGGGGGAUCUUGAAGAGGGAGAUGUACGGUCACGGGAUUGGACGCUUCUCUAAGGAGGAAGUUUACACCCUAAUGGAGAAGGACAUGCGGACUUUGGCCACUCUACUAGGUGAAAAGAAGUAUCUUAUGGGCUCUAAGCUUUCGACAGUAGAUGCUGCAGUGUUCAGUCAUCUGGCCCCUGCUAUGUGGACUCUACCAGGUACACGGCCAGAGCAGCUCAUCAAAGGCGAACUCAUCAACCUAGCCAUGUACUGCGAGCGGAUCCGCCGGCGUUUCUGGCCAGAGUGGUUUGUGGACCUGGAGGACUUCUGCUACAGUGAUAGCACAGAGGACAGCGACUCACACUCCAAACUCCCAGACCUGGGCCUCUACUCUGGCACGGACACUUUCCAUGACUGUACACACACGCACACUUCGAACACUCACACACCGAAGGACCCGCUGUCCCCUGACAGCGACCCUACAGGCCACUCGCUGUAUGACUCUGACAUGGACACUGAAUGCUCUGAAAUGGACCAGCUCAAGUGUUGACAACAAAUACACACAUAGUACACUUCACAUUUAAACGCACACCAGAGAAUGGAGCUGCGUUUAACCUGCACACAAGCCCCAUACCUCUUUGAAGAGAUAUUGUGAGGAGCAUUUCUGUGUCAGUGGGCGAGGUUAGGACCUAGAGGUUCAACCUGUACACUGUAAUGGAGGAACGGCUGCAGUCAGGGCAAACAGAAAGAGGACAACAAUUGGUAAAAAAGGUGGAAAAGUGCAAGGAGGAGAGACAAUAGAAUGAGAAAGUAGUAAAAUUGCAGUGGAGACUGAAAGAAAAUAGAGACAGACUAAAACAAGAAAUCAGAAAUCAGGAGUAAAUGACGCCGCUGCUGAGAAACUCCUUCACGGGGUCAUUUACAGUUACAACUCCCACCUCUUCUGUUGUAACCAUGGCAACUAUGUGUGUGUGCCCCCCUGUUGUCCCUUGUAGCAACUUCGCACCAUUCGGCCUUGUGUGUUUUGACUAAAUGAACCUGUAACGCCUUGUGAUGACAUGACAGCGAGUCAGCGACACUUAGGAAGAAGUACAGGAUUUAUCCAUUGUACAUAUAUAAAUUAAUCAAAUUAAAUAGAUAGAAUAUAUGAGUAUAAAUAGUAUAGAUAGCCUGAACAUGUAGAUGUAUCCCUGCUGUGUACAUACUGUAGGUGUUUCUCCUAAAAAAAUCCCUUCUGUGUUGGACAUAUUGACCAAAUCCUCUUUUUAAAGUCCAUUCAAGAACGCUAUGACCUCCUGUAAACAACUGGGAUAUUACAGAAAUGCCUGCUGCCCAUACUUAAAUAAUGCAGUAGUAAUUCAUCUCAUGAAAGAUCAUGGAAGGCUAACCUCAAUCUGUCAUUACUACUUUGGCGCUAUAGUCUCUUUAAGACAAAUUUAGCAAAAAAAACCACAACAUUUUUUUCCACAGAAUAGAAGCGUAGUAUAAAGGCAUACAUUGUUAGGUGCACGUGUUGUUUGGAAUGUCAUUGAGGACAUUACCUUUAGGACAUUUAAAAUACAUUCAAACAUUGAGAGCGAGUCAAACAAUCACGUAGAAAAAAAUAAUAUAGAUAUCACCUAAAUGAAAGUGCAUGGCUGGUACGUGCCAAUGAAUAUUUCCCUUUAACAUUAUCUACAUGUCUUAGCCGGCUUACUUUUUAGAGUUUAUUUUUUACUUUUUGGUGCCUCUGGCCAAACCAACCACGCAAAGAUGUAGCCAGUUUAUUUUUUAAAAGGAGUCAUUUAAAGAAGAUUCAAAAUGUUGGAUUGAUAAGAAAUUGUUGUUGAGCAAUAACAGUCCAGACUCAGGUGUGCUUAGUUGAUUUUAAAGCCGGGCAGCAUUGUAAUUUGGGGGAUGUGAAAUGAUGAGAUGCAGGUUUUAUGUGUGUUUGUCACUCAGCAAAUGCACAAACCAACAUAUUGUCUGUUAAGGCUUCUAAUAAGGCUGUGAGAAAGGGAUUUACAGUAUAUCCGUGAUGAGUCAUCUUGUGUAUGAAUGAUGUCAGAGUGGUGAUCUAUCACACAAAGAAUUUUCCCUUAUAGGCUACAUACACUUGAUUUCAAUGUUGUUCAUUGUUCAUUCAAGUGGGAGAAAAGGUGGAGGUCUGAGAAAAAGACACUAGCUAGCAUUUUGUUUUUAUCAAUGAAACAGCUUCUUACUCAUCGUACCUCAGAUGACAUUCAUGGGAUGACUGAUGAUUGAAGAUUUAGACUGAUGGACUAAAGUAUCGCUUUGGGCAAUAUAUUGGACCUUAUUAAUACAAAGUCUGGUCUGUCCUAGUUGGUUAAUCAAUCAAUCCAUCGAUAUUUGUAUCACGCCAAUUCAUAACAAAUGUUAUCUAAAGAUACAACACAAAAAGAGCAGGUCUAAACCGUACUCUUUCUUAUAUAAUUACAAAGACCCAACAUUAAUCCACCAUGAGCACAGCACAUAGCAACAUUUAGCAAAUUGACAACAGUGAGAAGAAACUGCCUUUUAACAGGCAGAAACCUCGAGCAGAACCAGACUCAUGUUGAACAGACAUCUGCUGCAACUGUGUUGGUGAACUGCUGUAGCUGGUUAACUAGCUGCUAUCUCGUUAGCUAGCCGCGCAGCUAACAGUUAAUUAGCAAACUCAGUAGCUCCUUCACUUAUCUCUAUUUGUCGAAGAUAAGUUCAUGUUUCAUAUAUUCCUCUUUUGUCAAGCAAUUUAAACUGAAGAGGUUAAAGAAAAUUGAAGGUAGCGACAAAGAUGAUAAGUUUAUGCAUCCUCCAAUUUUGAACAAUUGGUUAGCCUCCCCCGCAGAGAUGACUCGUUGAACUUAAUGCUAACAUUUUGCACAGAUUCAUUUAGGUAGCUAAACCACUGAUUGCUGAGAUUGCAUUUGAAUAGAUUUAUGUUGCAACAAAGUAUGGCCAAAUUAAACGCUCCUAUGACUCAGCCUUAAUGCAGAUGUAUAUGAUGAUUAUUAGCAUAAAUUGUAAGUGGGAUACACUUUUUGAGAUUGCAGUGCAGAAAUACCAAAACAAGUUUAAUGUAGUUCAGAAAGAGUGUCUCAAUUAGGCUACACUGUUUUCCCCCCAGAGAGAACCGAAAAGUUAAUUUUAUUUGAAAAAGGUUCAGCUCAGUAGCUACCCCAAAAUAUCUUGAUCAGAAUGAAUGAAAAAGCAUAUGUUGGGAAGCUGAUGAAAAAUGUUUAUGAUGUUGGCCUAUAUAUUGUUUACAGAUGUUUAAAUCUUAUUGAGCUGCAACCGGCCUCUAAGAUCUUGCAUUGGUCAGGAGCUGUGUGUGAAGAUGCUGCUAAUGAGGAAAUCUAUUUUGAGUUGUGUCUAGCAUCAGUAUGUAGCAGGGCAUGGCUAAUCAGAAGAUCAAACAUAGCCUCCUAGAGGGAAAGACGUCUUUACUACUGUGGUAGGUUAUUGGUUAUUGGAGGUAAGACCAUGAUAGGCUACAGAUGAUCGCUCGAUGGUUUGGGUGAGGAACAUUAUGAUGAUGUUUUUUGAAGGCAAAGACUAACAUCUGGGUUCUCUGCUAAACAAAAUAAUGCCCAGAACAUGAAAAAGUCAAUUGCUAAUGAGAGCCUAUACCAAGUUUUUUAAUAAGGAAAUAGUUGAAAAGCCAUUUGGUAUGUGGGCUGCAUAUUCAUUUCAACCCAAUGAUAUUUUCUGUAACUGACAAUAAGACCAAAAAACGAUGUUCUGUGUCUUAAAACACCUCGCCUGCAUGUUUUUGCCUUCUCUCGUAUCAUUUUCUAGCCUUACAGACACUGACUCCUACAGCUGUUUACUUUAAAUCAGUGCCAGCAAAUGACUUGUGUUUUUAUGUGUCUUAUUUAUUUUUGUAUUAAUUUAUUUCAUGCUUUUUAAAUGUAUGUGUCUGAUGGUAUAUGUACUUGUAUUUAUGAAACAUGUUAAUCAUUUUGCACUUCUUUUCUCAUGUUUACAUGUUUUUCUUCUCGUGUGGAGAGUUGCUCUCAAUCAAUCUUUGUAUUGAUCUGUGUAUAAGUGCAAUACUGUUGUUUCAUUUACUUACAUUGACACUGCAUAUUGUCUUGUUGCCAGUCAUUGCAGUAACUGCAUGUAUGUCCAUGUUUGGAGAUGUCAUUUGGUAAAUGUUUGAAUAUCAUAAGAUUAAUGGCAUUGUGUUCAAAUGUUACAGCCCAUCCUCUGCUGCAUAAUUUACCAUCUUGAGUAAAUUUAAGAACUUCUGCAGAGCUUCAUGUCGAGUGAAAACUUUCAAGGUUGGUCAAAUGUUCAGGUUGAAUAACACUGGUUGCUCAAGCUCAUAUCUGCAUGACAAGGCCGGUCAUCCUGCUGAUCAGCUGAUGAUCAGCGUCUCAGAAUUGUAACAGCCCUUCUAGUUUGUGAUCACUUUCAUCUGUCUGUGUCCCUUAGCUGUUUAAAGUCAAAGUCAGGGAUCCAGCCUUGUGACGUAUGUUGCUUCCCCAUUACGAGAUUUCCGCUUGUAGACUUUAGAAGCCAUAUUGCUUUGUCUCGUGGUGUUGUGAGUGCUGAAACACUUGUGGAAUAUCAUCAAGCUGUAAAUACAACAACAUGGGGGUAGGGGAAAAAAGGGGAAACUAAUCAAAAAUAAAUUGCUCUGUAACUUUAAAAAAGAUUCUUAUGAAUGUAUCAAACCUAGAGAUAAAAAGCUGUAUGACAAUGGAUUACUCUUAAUAUUUCAUUAAAUAUAGCUGUGGUAUUUU